UUUCACAGGAAUUUGAUAAAGCAAAAUAUAUACUAUUACGUAAUAAAUAAAUAAAGGUCUUAAAAGGGUACAUAAAUCUCUACAGCACGUCUAUUCAUUUGUGAUAAAUACAUAAAGGAUCUAUAACGCUCUAAAUUUAAACCCCAUUUUCAAGAUUUACCUUCAACCCCAUUUUCAAGAUCUGUCACAUAUAUAUAUUUUUUUUUGUGUACUUACAUUUCUAUUUGGUCAUGGCUGGACAUUAUUACAAUGAUAAUCCUUUUGAUGAAGAACAACAAGAUAACCCCUUUCAGGACCAAGGGGCUCGAGGAAAUCAAUCAAGUUAUGGUAGCGGUGCAUUUUUUAUGACGAAUCCUGCAAGUGUUCCUCCUGCUAUAAAUUCGAGGCUUUCACCUCUUCCUCAUGAACCUGCUGACUAUGAUCGUGGUGCAACAGUUGAUAUCCCUCUCGAUAAUUCAAAGGAUCAGAAGAAUAAAGAGAAAGAACUCCAAGCUAAAGAAGCUGAACUGAAAAAAAGAGAACAGGAUCUGAAAAGGAGGGAAGAUGCUAUAGCAAGAGCUGGAGUUGUCAUAGAGGAAAAGAAUUGGCCACCUUUCUUCCCUAUCAUUCAUCAUGAUAUUGCAAAUGAAAUUCCAGUCCAUCUACAGCAGUUGCAGUAUGUUGCAUUUUUUACAUUGUUGGGUUUGGCAAGCUGUCUUCUAUGGAACCUUAUUGCAGUUACCUCCGCUUGGAUCAAAGGACAAGGUAUAACUAUUUGGCUUCUUGCUAUUAUCUACUUAAUAUCCGGUGUCCCAGGAGCCUAUGUGUUGUGGUAUCGUCCUCUAUAUCGUGCAAUGAGGACGGAUAGUGCACUGAAGUUCGGAUGGUUCUUCUUAACAUAUCUCUUUCACAUUGGAUUCUGCAUCAUUGCUGCUGUGGCACCUCCGAUCUUCUUCAAGGGAAAAUCUUUAGCUGGUAUCUUGCCCGCAAUUGAUCUCUUAGGCUGGAGUGGUUUGGUUGGGGUAUUCUACUUCAUCGGGUUUGCAUUCUUCUGUCUUGAAUCACUGGUCAGCAUAUGGGUUAUUCAGCAAGUGUACAUGUAUUUCCGAGGAAGUGGCAAAGCUGCUGAGAUGAAGAAAGAGGCUGCAAGAUCGACAAUGAUGGCAGCACUAUGACAAUAUAGGAGCAAAGGCAGGCAGUUUUUGAGCUGUUGAAUUCUUUGAUUACUUUCUUCUCACACCAUAUAUCACACUCGAGUGCUGGAGAUGUGAUUUCUGAAGUACAUAGUUGAUGUCAGAGCCGACUAUACGGAUAAUGUAUUAGUACUAGUACGCAUUGUCGCAAGCUUUACCAGAAAAUUGAUGUUUAACACAUUUCCUAUCUGUCUCUGGGGAUCUUCUUCUGCAUGCUCUUAGAAGAACAUAACCAUAUGCAAAUAUACAAAAAUCAUUGAACUGCUCUA